UCUCCCAUCGAGUCUGCACGUUUACUAUUCACUUCGCUCACACACACAUACACACACACACGCACGCACUCACGUGCACACACACGCACACGCACUCACGUGCACACACACACACACACGCACUCACACACACAACUAGCCGAGGAUUGGGCGCUUUUGCUUGUGUGUAGUGAAGCAUGAAGUCGACAGCAGAGACGAACAUCGACGAAAGAACCGAUAGCUACCGCAUCGCUAUCGGAAACCCAACAAGCAUCGGCAACGUGGUGCAGGAGAGCGAGACUGACCUCUUGCCCCAGCACAACGGCGGUGUCAUGAACGGCGUGAACGGCAAUGCGCCCGAAGCCACCGGCGCGUCAUCGCCGACACCGGAUGACUUGGAGAACGGUCGUAAGGAAUCCGUCUCCAAGCCCGCCUUUGACAGCGAGACAGCCGCCGCGCAUCUCAAGACAACCAUGGGCGCCAGCGGCCAGGAGCUCUCCAUCGAUGACCUGUAUGCACUGGUUGAUCCCAAGAGCCCCGAGCUGCUGCAGUCCAUCGGCGGUGUGGACGCGCUGUGCCAGCACCUGAAAACCUCUAUGGACAAGGGCAUCAGCAGCGACGAUGUUGUGGAGCACAACCGUGAGCACUUUGGCGUGAACAAGCUCCCACCGGUCCAGUUUCGCUCCCUGCUACACCUCGUGUGGGAGGCGUUACAGGAUAAGACGCUCAUCAUGCUGUGCAUUGCUGCUACCAUCAGUCUUGUCAUUGGAAUGGUCACGGAGGGGCCCGAGCUUGGAUGGAAGGACGGCGUUGCCGUGUUUGUCGCCAUCAUCGUCGUCGUUGCCAUCACCAGCCUGAACGACUACCAGAAGGAGCGCCAGUUCCGCCGUCUCAACGAAAUCAAGAACGAUCACGAGGUGACGAUCAUUCGCAACGGAAAGAAGCUCCGCGUCUCCGUGUAUGAAGUUGUUGUUGGCGAUCUGGUCGUCGUGGACACGGGCGACGUCGUCCCAGCAGACGGCGUCUUUGUAUCUGGCGAGUCUGUUGUUGCGGACGAGUCAUCCGCCACCGGUGAGAGCGAGCACAAGAAGAAAGGCCACGCCCCCAACCGCGACCCUUUCUUCCUCUCCGGCACGCAGCUGACGGGCGGGUCUGGCGUGAUGCUUGUCAUCUGCGUUGGCGAGCACUCGUUCAAAGGCCGUAUCCUCAUGUCCCUGCGCACGCCAAACGAGGACACCCCGCUUCAGGUCAAGCUCUCAAAGCUCGCAAACUUCAUCGGUAACUUUGGUAUCAUCACCGCCCUCCUCAUCUUCUUCGCACAGCUGAUCAAGUACUUUGCAGUGGCGGGCUCUGACGUGAACGGAACCGACGCCGCCAACAACGCCGUCGACUUUCUCAUCAUUGCCAUCAGCAUCGUCGUUGUGGCUGUGCCGGAGGGGUUGCCGCUCGCUGUCACCAUCGCCCUCGCUUACUCCAUGAAGAACAUGAUGCGCGACAACAACCUCGUGCGUCACUUGGAUGCGUGCGAGACAAUGGGUGGCGCCACCACAAUCUGCAGCGACAAGACGGGAACACUCACGCAGAACAAGAUGACGGUGGUUGAAGGCGUGCUGCUGGACACCAUGUUCGACUCCAACGAGAAGGAAGAGUUGCCAAUCGACAACAAGACGGGCAAGUCUGACAAGAUGAACAACGACAUGCUGCGGCUGCUGUACAACAGCAUUGCUGUCAACAGCACCGCAUACGAGAGCAUCAACGAGGAAGGCGUCGUCACCUUUGUCGGAAGCAGGACCGAAUGUGCACUACUUGGUUUUCUCGGAACCCUUGGCCAGGACUACACCAAGAUCCGCGAGGCAACGGAGGUUGAGAAGGUGUAUUCGUUCUCCUCUGACAAGAAGCGCAUGUCCACGGUCGUGAGCUCCAGCGGUACCCCGGUCUCGGGCGAAGGAAAAAACAUCCAGCACGUUAAGGGCGCCGCAGAGGUCCUCCUCGAGAUGUCCACGCGAUACGUCGCAGCUGAUGGGAGCGUGAAAGAGAUGACUGCUGAUGCGCGCAAGCGGUUUGAGGACAAGUUGACGGUGAUGGGCGAGAAAGCGCUUCGCUCCAUCGGAAUGGCAUUCCGCUGCUCAGACAACGACCAGGACUGGACAGACACCGACAAGCCAGAACUCGUCCUCCUCGGCCUGGUUGGUAUCCAGGAUCCGCUGCGUCCGGAGGUGCGCGACGCCGUGCGCGCGUGUCAGAGCGCAGGCGUGACUGUGCGUAUGGUGACCGGUGACGCUGCUGCCAUUGCCCGCAACAUUGGCAAGAAUUGCGGCCUCUUUGACGAAUCUGAGGACCACAUCUGCAUGGAGGGCCCUGACUUCCGGAACAAGAGCGAGGAGGAGCUGAUUCCACUUCUGCCCCGUCUCCGCAUUCUUGCCCGCUCAUCGCCCCUCGACAAGCUCAAGCUGGUGACGCUGCUGCAGAAGCAGCGCGAUGUUGUUGCUGUGACUGGCGACGGCGUGAACGAUGGCCCUGCGCUGAAGAAGGCGGAUGUUGGCUUUGCCAUGGGUCUCUCUGGUACCGAGGCGGCCAAGGAGGCGUCUGCGAUUGUGCUGCUGGACGACAACUUCGCCUCCAUUGUCAACGCCAUCAAGUGGGGCCGCAAUGUGUUUGACAACAUUCGCAAGUUCCUGCAGUUCCAGCUGACGGUCAACUUUACUGCCAUCAUCGUCGUCCUUGUUGCUGUCCUGAGCGACCCGAAUGGCAACGCCGACAACUCCCCGCUCAAGCCUGUCCAGCUGCUGUGGAUCAACCUCAUCAUGGACUCGUUUGCAGCGCUCGCUUUGGCGACGGAGCCACCCACGGAGAAGCUGCUCACGUACAAGCCAUAUGACCGAAGCGAGCCCCUCCUCACCACAUACAUGAUCAGGCGCAUGAUCUUCCAAGUCGUCAUGCAGUCUGCGACGUUCCUGACGAUCCUGUACGCUGGCGAGGAUUGGUUUAACUCGCACAAGGACCCAGCCAAGAACGAGAAGGCCCAGUUUUCCGUGCGCCACUACACGAUCAUCUUCACCUCAUUUGUGCUGAGUCAGCUUGUGAACCAGCUUAACUGCCGCAAGCUUCGGGGCGAGCUCAACAUCCUGGCCGGCCUCACCCGCCACUGGAUCUUCUGCGGCGUGUGGGUGUUCUCCCUCAUCAUUCAGGUCCUCAUCACCGAGUUUGGCGGCACGGCCAUCGAGACGGAGCCGCUGAGUGCAAACCAGUGGGGCGCAUGCGUGCUCAUUGCUUUCCUGCCGCUGGCAUGGUCCACCAUGUUCAACCUCCUGCCAGACUCUAUCACGACCGACCCAUGGCCGUGGAUGGCACGUGUGUGCCGCCGCCGCCGCCACCGCGACCGCACCGACAGCGGCACUGCCGUUGAGGUUGAGGAAGGCGAGGACGAGGGUGAGCGCGGACGUCUGGUUGAGCCGCACCUCAUCACGCCGGUCAUCUUGGAGGAGGGCGAGGCAGGCAAGCUGUCGGAUAUGGAGAUGGAGAGCAUCGAAGGGCCGCGCGUGCCACUGCAGCAGCCAGAGCACGUGCGCGCUGGCGAGUCGCCAAGCCUGCGCGACCACAUUGGCCGGCGUAUCAGCACGGCUCGCGCAGAGAGCGAGGAGGCGCAUCCGCGCAACCGCUGGGAUAUGGCUGUCUGGCAGGUGCUGACUCAGCUCGACGUGGUUGACACCAUGCGUCGCCAUCACCGUUAAUGCGCGCGCAUGUGCUAUUCUGGCUUUCUCUCUUUGCUUGUCGACACUGAGAAUGGUUUUGUGCUUUGUUCUGUUUCGUAUGCGUGUGUGUGUGUGUGUGUGUGUGUGUGUGUGUGUGUGUGUGUGUGUGUGUGUGUGUGGAAAAUGACACUUGUGGGGAGGGGGAAGGGAAGAGGCGCGUGUUGUGUUCUCAUCAAUAACGUAACCUGCUGACCACAAGUAAACCAACCCAUUACAAUUGGAGCAAGCUGGA